CCAAUAUAAAUAGCCGCGGAACAAAGGUUAUGAGAUAUCGACGUGCCCAACAUGGCGCGAUCUCAGCCAAUCAUCACACGCCUCCUCGUACACGACCCCGUCGGGCUUAUGCGGGCCCCAACAUUCCCGCUUCCGGCCCCGUCACCCCUCCUCCCCCUUCCCGCACUCGACGCCCUCCUCGUCGCCGCCAUCGACGCCGCCGCCGGCCCCCGCCACCUCCGGGCCGUCCACGCUGUCAUACUCCAUUUCGGCCUCCACCACCGCUGUUUCCUCGUCGCCAAGCUCCUCCGCCGGCUCUCCCACUACCGCGUUCCCCUCCAUCCCUACCCCCUCCGCCUCUUCUCCCUUGUUCCCCGCCCCAACCCCUUCCUCUGGACCGCCCUUAUCCACUCCGCCGUAAUUCUCCGACCUCGCCUCCCCGAUUACCACCCCCUCCGGCUCUACUCCCUCAUGCGCCGCCAAUGGCCUCCCUCGCCUCCGCUCUCCUUCACCUUCACCGCCCUCCUCAAGUCUGCCGCUGCCGACCUAUGCCUCGCCAAUGGCCUCCAGAUACACGCCCAGUCCAUUUCCACGGGCGGCUUUGACGCCGACCUCUUCGUCCAGAACACGCUCAUCUCUAUGUAUGUCGAAUGCUGUGACUUGGCCUCGGCUCAUAGGGUGUUUGACGGAAUGUCCAUUCGGGAUGCCAUUUCUUGGACUUCGUUGACUGUGGCUUACACAAAAACUAGCGACCUCUCUUCUGCAGAAGGGUUAUUUGAAAGAUCCCCUGCAAAAGAUAUGGUGGCAUGGACGGCGAUGGUCACCGGAUACGCUCAGAAUGCCAUGCCUAAAAAGGCACUGACAACGUUCGAGAGAAUGCGUGAAGCGGGUGUUGUGAUCGACGAGGUUGCGUUGGUUGGCGCAGUUUCUGCUAUUGCACAGUUGGGUGCUGCAAAGCAUGCCGUCUGGAUUCGGGAUAUUGUGGACGGCACUGGGUUCCGGCAGACUGUGGUCAUGGGUUCGGCUAUGGUAGAUAUGUUCGCAAAGUGUGGGCUCAUCGAUGAGGCACGCCAGAUGUUCGAUGAAAUGAUGAACCGGAAUGUGUACACAUACAGUGCAAUGAUCGUCGGACUUGCAGCACAUGGCAGAGCUCAUGAGGCAAUUGCUUUGUUUAAGGAGAUGGUGGGGAAGACAGAUGUGAAGCCAAACCAUGUCACGUUCAUUGGGGUGCUCACAGCUUGUAGCCAUGGUGGGAUGGUGGAGGUAGGCCGAUACUACUUCCAUUUAAUGAAGGAUGAGUAUGGGAUUGUUCCUUCUCCUGAUCACUAUACAUGCAUGGUUGAUUUGUUGGGACGCGCUGGACUUGUUGAAGAAGCUCUCGAGCUUGUGAGGUCAAUGCCAAUGGAGCCACAUGGUGGUGUGUGGGGUGCAUUACUGGGAGCUUGUCGGAUUCAUGUUAAACCUGAUAUAGCUAGAAUUGCUGCGAAUCAUUUGUUUGAGCUUGAACCUGAUAGAAUUGGCAACUACAUGUUGCUUUCAAAUACAUAUGCAUCUGCAGGGAUGUGGGAUGAGGUGUCAAAGGUUAGGAAGUUGAUGAGAGCAAGGGGGUUGAAGAAGAACCCAUCUGCAAGCUGGACAGAAGAUAAGGAUGGGUCAGUCCAUGAAUUUUUUGCAGGGGAUGGUUUGCACCCAAGAACACAUGAGAUAAAGGAUACUUUAGAGGAUCUGUUGGGGAAGUUGAAACUAGAAGGUUAUGAUCCAGUAUUGAGCUCAGUUCUUUAUGAUAUUAAUGAUAAUGAGAAGGAAAAGUUACUAAAGGGUCACAGUGAGAAGCUGGCUUUGGCAUUUGGCCUGUUGACGACUGGUGCUGGGGACACAAUUAGGAUUGUGAAGAACCUGAGGAUUUGUGAGGACUGUCAUCUGGUGAUGCGCCUUGCGUCAAGGGCUGUGAACAGGGAGAUUGUGGUGAGGGAUAAUAUGAGGUUUCACCAUUUCAAAGAUGGGGCAUGCUCCUGCGGAGAGUUUUGGUAAAUGGUGGAUGAUAUGAUUGGCUGGAAAUUCCAAGUUCUCACAUUUGAAAUGCAAGACAUGAUCAGAUAGGGUAAGGAAAGAUGACUAUGAAGCAUUUGACCAUGACAUAAGUAAAUGAUGAUGCAAUAUGGAAAACUCCUUCCCAUUCAUACAAACAAUAUGAUUACUUUUAUGACUCAGAUUUAAUCAUCUAAGUUGUAAAGAAGCCAUAUUACCAUAAUGUCAGAGUUUCUGAGGUACAGAAUCAUGGAAAAGGAUUGAAGGAAACAUGAGAGAUCUAAUCAUCCCUUGCUAACACAUUCAGAUACAAAUGCUAUAAGACGAGGAGAAUGAUUGGUUUGUCUUGGAGUAUUAACUUCUACAUUUAUUAUCAUCGUGUCUAUCUCCACGA